AUGCCUAUUAAUCUCCGAAACGGCAAGAAUCAGGUCUCAGAUGAGCCUUUGAGUUCUGUAGCAGGCAGUCGUCGCCCUUCUGGUGUCGUUUCCAACAUGGCAGCGUCUCCAGAUAAACAAGCUGCAGAAGCUGUGUCUCGUCACUUGGCAAGGCCAUCUGAUGAUAAUGGGUCGGAGCCGUUCAACUCGUUACAAAUGCAAGGUGGUGAUAUUGCCAGAGAUCUAUAUCGCUGGCAAGAUCAGACUCAGGAAGUGCUCUCAGACGGCCCCUCAGGGCGUGCCGAAAUGCCCAGACACAGACGUUCUGUUAGCUUCUCCGGCAGUGUCAUCUCUCAUGGGUCUAUACCAAACACAGAAAUGUCGGCGGAUCAGAUUAGAGCACCCCAGGGUUUCAGGAGAAGUUUUUUGGUUCAGAAGAGUCUUCAAGAAAAUGGUGAUGUGCCAACCUUUGCUGCCCGCAAUUUCUACGAGUUUUUGACACUGUACGGCCAUUUUGCCGGUCUAGAUCUGAGCGAGGAUGAAGACGAGGACUCAGAUACUGAUCGAGACCAGGUCGAAGACGAAGAAACUGCUCUUAUGGGAGCCAGCCCCGCAAAGAGGCGUGAAGCUUUGCGUGCAGCUCGUCGCGAAACCAACAAAUCGUCUACUUUUAAAGCUAUUUUACUGCUUAUAAAAGCAUUUGUGGGCACGGGGGUCCUGUUUUUACCACGGGCCUUUCACAACGGUGGAUGGGCCUUUUCUAGCAUUGCGUUGCUGAUAUGUGGCGCGCUAUCCUAUUACUGUUUUCUUUUACUAAUAAAUUCAAAGGACAAGCAAAAAGUGAGUGGUUAUGGUGACUUAGGACUUACCGUAUAUGGUACAUCAAUGAAAAUCGCAAUCUUGGCCUCUAUCGUUUUGUCACAGAUCGGAUUCGUGGCCGCUUACGCUGUCUUUACGGCGACCAACUUGAAGGCGGUUUUUGCAAACGUGUUCCAUAUGGAUUACUCGAUGGCGUUCUGGCUUCUAGUCCAAUUCAUUUUCUAUCUUCCUUUAUCGUUAACCAGAAACAUUGCUGCCUUGAGCGGCACAGCCUUGUUAGCUGACUUGUUCAUUUUGUUUGGGAUGGUCUACGUGUACUACUAUUCUGGGCAGUACGUGGCUAGACACGGAAUAGCAUCGGAUUCGAUGCUAGUUUUCAAUAAGGACAACUGGUCACUUUUCAUUGGAACCGCUAUUUUCACUUACGAGGGCAUUGGUCUUUUGAUUCCCAUCCAAGAGUCUAUGAAGCGGCCUGAACAGUUCAAUAAAUGUUUGUUAGGUGUCAUGGUGUUUGUAGCCGUGGCACUUAUUUCUUGUGGACUGGAAUCUUACGCGGCUUUCGGAGACAAGGUGGAAACCGUUAUUCUACUAAAUUUCCCUCGCGAUUCAUCCAUGACAGCUGCUGUUCAGUUUCUUUACGCCUUGGCAAUCAUGCUUUCCACACCACUGCAGCUAUUUCCAACGAUAAGGAUUUUGGAAACUACCAUUUUUCCCAAACAUGCUUCUGGAAAACACAACCCACGCGUGAAAUGGUUGAAAAAUUAUUUCCGUUUGAUUAUUCUCUCGGCCAACAUGUUGAUCGCUUGGGCGGGAGCAAAUAACCUGGAUAAAUUUGUGUCAGUAGUCGGGAGUUUCGCUUGUGUUCCACUAAUUUACAUCUACCCGCCAUUGCUACAUUACAAAAUUUUUGCAAAUGGUGGUGCGCCGAAGCUCUCUCUCGUCGGGGAUAUUGCGAUUGCGGUAUUCGGGGUGGGAAUAAUGAUUUACACAACUCUUCAGGCAUUUCUCGGAUAG